UUCAAGAUGGCGUAUGUUUAUGUAUUUUGUUGUGGGUAUUUUUGGCAACAAUUCACAGUCGUCUCUUCUCUACCAAGUCGCCUUUGUUAGGCAGGAUGGUAGAGGAUAGUGAAGACACCAGUAAAGAAUAAACUCAAUGUCUCCAUAACCUUUAAGCUACAGUAGGAGUAGGACUAGCAGCAAUGUCCGAGGACCUGGUCCGCCCGGGGGCCAUCGUCAAGGACCGCUGGAAAGUGACCAGAAAAGUGGGUGGAGGUGGAUUUGGUGAGAUCUACGAAGCAGUGGACCAAGUUCUUGAGGAGGCGGUAGCUCUGAAAUUAGAGUCUGCCCUUCAGCCUAAACAAGUCCUGAAAAUGGAAGUGGCUGUCCUCAAGAAGUUGCAGGGCAAGGAUCAUGUCUGUAAAUUCAUUGGCUGCGGUCGCAAUGAUCAGUUCAACUAUGUGGUGAUGUCUCUUCAGGCAGCUAACCUUGCUGAACUACGACGCAGUCAGCCCAGGGGCACCUUUAGCAUUAGCACCACGCUAAGACUGGGCGCACAGAUUAUUCAAGCUAUUGAGAGUAUACACGAUGUUGGCUUCCUACACAGAGAUGUUAAACCUUCCAACUUUGCCAUGGGCCGUCUUUCAAACAAUUCCCGCAAAGUCUACAUGCUGGACUUUGGACUCGCUCGGCAGUAUACCAACUCACAGGGACAAGUCAGAACGCCGCGACCUGUGGCAGGCUUUCGUGGAACUGUUCGGUAUGCCUCAGUGAAUGCGCAUAAGAAUAAGGAGAUGGGAAGACAUGACGAUUUGUGGUCACUUUUCUACAUGCUGGUGGAGUUUGUCAUCGGUCAACUGCCGUGGAGAAAGAUCAAAGACAAAGAACAAGUCGGUUUAAUGAAGGAGAAACACGAUCAUCGUUCAAUGCUGAAGCACUUGCCAUCAGAGCUGAAGCAGUUUCUGGAACAUAUACAGAGUUUACAAUAUCAAGAUAAGCCAGAUUACAAGUUCCUGCACUCCUUAUUAGAACGGUGCAUGAAUAGGAAGAACAUCAAGGAAACAGACCCGUAUGACUGGGAGAAGAUCUAUGCCGAUGGAUCCCAGACGACCACCACAGCCUCACUCAGUCCAGGAAAAGAACCCAAGCAAGGAAUUCCUGAAAUCCCACCGGCAAACACAGACAUAGUGCUAGAAGAAAACAUUAGUUUCCAUGACAACAUAAAAGAUGCUAAAGUGGAAGUACAGGGUGUCGACGUCGCUGACGCCAAAGAGAAAGUUGACGAGAGUCAGGAGAAGCGAGAUGCUGAGAAGGAGAUCGAUGAAGAAGAUGAUGAAGAAGAUGAUGAAGAUGAAGAUGGAGAAGCCAACGAGAACGCUGAUGAGAAUGACAACGUUGGAUCUGAAAGAGGAGAUUCACCUGAAGGUGGAUCAAGAGAAGGUGUUGACGGCCAGGAGGCCCAAGAAGGGGAGGUCCUUCUUGAUAACAAGGAGAACGAGAAGAAAGACUCUCCGAAGAAGAGUAAACGGACGUUGAGUAAGAGAAGGAGGAUGCUGCACCGACGGAAACCCAAGCGACUUCGGGCUCAUGACAGCCACGCCAUCAUGGAAGGCGAGGUCAGCACUUUCAGGGAAGGAUUCGGAGUGAGCGAGAGAGAUCCCUCACUCCUGGAGGAGCACCUCGUUGGAGGGCUCAGCAGCAAGCUUUUACCAGCCCGUUCAUUUGCAGAGACGGGGCAACAAGUGCAAUUGCCGCCUGAAGCACAGUGUGGUGCAGAGGGCAAACUGACUGUUAAGACUAUCCCUUGUAUCAAGGAGUCUAAACCGCCUCAAUGGAGGACGAACACCCCACCGCUAGUUGGUACUAUGCAAAAGCCAGACAGCUUAAACCGCCCCAAAAGUGCUCAUGAACUUCGUCCAACGGCUAUUACAAGGCUACAAGAGAUGGACAGAGACAGAAGUGUCCCGGAGACGGAUUCUGGCGAUGGGUUACAACAAGAUGGUUCUCUUGAUGAGGUAGAUAAAGCGUCCAAGAAACCGGAAACUGUUACCAGAAUUCCAAGACUGGGUCCUAAUCUUGCUGUGAAGGAACCAGAACCUGCUGCAACAGCAGUUAAACAAGAAGUCUGUCUUAGAUUGGAGAAUACACCUCUCAUAAAGGUCAGCAGCGAGGAUGUGGAUAUUAAACCAGACCCUACGAAGCCUCAAACUAAGCAAUCUGAACUUGUUAAACCUAACGAAGGUGCUACGCCCAAAAAGCAAGCGGUAUCCAAAGGACCUCCAGCCCCUCAGGAUCUCCCAAAACCAGUCAAUGUAAUUAUUGGUGCUCAAAGUCACGACAGAAACCUGUAUGAAAAGCCGAAGCCUGUCAAUGUUUUACACAAAAAAGCUGAUACUUGCCAUAAGAAAGAGACAGAAACACUAGUUAAAGAAGAAACAGAAGCAAAGAAAACACCAGAGAAGAAAGCGGAUGUUGUUGAAACGAAGAAACCCCUCAAACAAGCACCUCAGGGAUAUGUCAUGGAUGCCAUCAAAGAAAGGAACAAAAAGGCGGAGCCAGUCAGGAAACUCGCCUUCACCGGAAUCAACAAGGUCAAAGUGCCUGGUGUCAUUCUGGCUAAACCUACCAUAGCUCCUCUCAAGACCAAACAGUUGAUUGCCCAGCCUGUGAAGGUCAUUGAGACAGGACAGCCAGCCUUGAAGACAUCAAAACCCCUUCAAAAUGGGGAAGUUCAGAAAACUCAAGAGGUUGCAAAACAGGAAAAACCGACCACUCAAAAAGAACUUUUUAUAAACGAGCCAACACCGUCUAAAACUGUUAACAUUCAAAGCAAUCAGACUGCUCCAAAGGAAAGUAGUGCAAUCCAAAAGAAAACAGACCUUGAUGAAAUAGUCCUGGAAGUUCAUUUGGAUGAGGUCAAGAAAUCGACGGAGCAAGUCAACAGUAAUCCUUUCAGCAACCAGAAAAUCAACGUGCCUGUUUACAAAAGCAACUCCAGUAGAGAAUCGCCAGAGAAAAUUCUGGAGGCGUUGAAUAAGAAUGCUAAUCAAAUCGUGGAUAGGAGUCCUGAUCGUGCUGCUAUGGAGGAGCUUCUUGGAGGAUUCUCCUGGGAUGAACCAGAGCCUCCCCCAAAGCAGGAGAUCAAACCUAGUAUCCAAUCCAUGAAUCUGACUAGCAAACAUGCUGGGCGAAAUGAGAGCAGUUUACAGGAGGAGCUUCGCCUAGCAAAACUUGCCGUCCGAGAAGACCCAAAUGCUUCUCCCAAACAGACUGAAGAUACGGCCAACCAAAGAACAGAUGAGGUACUGGGCUCUCAUCUAUCUUGGAAGGACCUUCCUCAUGACAAAGGGAGACAAAAUAUCCAGCAGAGACUUAAACUCGAAAGUGACAAUCCAGAUACAGGUCCGCUGACUCCCUUCUCUUUAGAGGAGGAGCAUAAGGCAGCCAGACCUAUCAGAGAUGAGGUAGCUAAUGGAGAUGAGAGGAAAACAGAGGCCAACCGGGGCCAUGAAAGGACCACAUCUUCACUUGAACAUUCCUCUGAGGAGUUACCCCCAAGAACACCAGCAAUGGACAGAGAGGAAAUGGAGGUCAUUCUCAUGGGGAUGCAAGACAUUGAUGGGACAGUAGAGAAGCAGACCAAGCAGGUACUCCAGUCGACUGAAGUACUGAACGGGCCUACUGCUGACUCUGUCCCACCACUGGAAUUAGAAACCAUGCCAAAUGAAGCAUCCAGACCAAACGAGACUCCCGUGGAGGAGCACAAGGAAGAGCAUAAGCGAAAGCACCGAUCAGGCCAUAAGAGAGUAGAGAAGGCAAGGUCUGUUACUCCUAGAACAGAUGAGAGUGAAACGGUGUCUGGAGGCUCUGGGAGAAGCGAGCGAAAAGGUCGAGGGCCUGUUCGAGCUCGCCAACUGCCAAGUAUUCCAAUAAAGAAGGAGAAGACUGCAAGAGAGGAUGCAAUGGUUUCACCUGUAAUCAAACAGGAAAGUCCAACCAAUGGGCAGCCAUCAGGGAGUCCAAUUCAGAGGAAAGGCUCCUUGGGCAAGGCCCGUAAGCUUCCUGAGGUGCCGAAGAUAUUACUGCAGAAUAAGCUCGGUCACCGCUUGCGGCAAGACAAAUCCCCAAACAGGACAACAGGAACCAGUGUUGAGGGCAUCCAACAACAUUCUCCAAAUAUUAACCGACACCGUAUUGCUUCUAAUCCGACAUCUGAUACAAUAGAUGAUAGCAGCUUCAAGUCGGAGAAUGUCCAGUCGAUACAGCUCAGACAAACUCAGGAGUUUAAAGUAACAGUCAAAUCACCUCCACCUUCAAGCAAGGAUUCCUGUGGGGAGGCUGAGAUUAAAAUACUUAGUGUGGAGCCUUCGUGCACCUUUGCGAUCAUGCAGGAUUUGUCUCAGGAGGAUGUUGUGAACGCUGAUCACUCUGACUGUGCCACGCAGCAGCAGGAGCCAAGCUUCUUCUUCGACAUCAGUACGUCUGUCAGGAAGGAAGACCCGGUGAAAGUAAAUAAACCUGAGCUCCGACCUAAGCAAAAGGUACUCGUUAAGAAGGCAUCAAAUACCAGCAAAGACUCAAAGUCUGCAAGAGCCAUCAUGAGGCCAUCAAGUCUUUUGGUGUUCACCAAGAAACCAAUACUCAAGAAAACAUUAGCAGGGAACGCCAUCCCAAACAAAACCGAAAACCAAGAAAAAGAAGCCACCCCUUCGCUGGAGAAAACUGAGGACUCCAAAGAGGAAGAUCCUAAAGCUAAUGAAGUGCCAUCAACGGGAGCUGCAGUCACCCAACAGGUUGGCACACCUGAGCAUAAAAUAUUGACUGAUGUGAGGAAGGUGUCUGUGGCAAGUUCCAACUCAGAUUGGAACAGCAACGGCUCCUGCACAUCAACUCUAAAGGACAGUCAGGCUGGACCAGCUACUCCAACAGGCAGUGUCCGCGGAGACAAAGGCCAAAUGUCGCUGUCCACCUCAACGCCCAAGACCAUGCAAAACACAAGGAAAGAAGCUGGCUCGGGUCUUGAGGAGAAUCAAAAGGUGGAAGUAACGGAAAACGAAGAGAAACAGCAGACAGGGUCUAAUUCUAAUGUCUUGCCAGAAGUUAGAGUAUUUGAGCCUUCCAUUAACGGUGACAUUACUGAAGACCGAAGUCCAGACCAAUGUGCUACUCCCUCGCCACUGACUCCCUCUCCAGUGUCGUCGACAGGGGAUACCUCGAGGACACCUUUGCUUUUCUCAGAGGAUGAGGAGCAGGUGAAAGGGGACAAAACCCGAGGAGAGGACGCCAAGAGAAUCACAGAUGCAACAGACACCACACUUGCAAGACUGAAAGAAGGACUCUUGGCACAUUCCAAACAAAAUCCGCAGAAGAUUGUCAAGAGCUUUUCCGACGAGCAGAUUGCAAGGAGAACAAAAGGACUAAAUGAAAGUGUUCAGAAAACUGAACAUUUGAAGGACUCUUCCCACCCAGAGAGUAGCAGGUCAAGAACCUCAAAACUAAUAAGGGAACAGAAAGUUGGUAUGUUGUCACCAGAAAAGGAAGCCAAAGACAAGGACAGGGGGUCUCCAACAAACCCUAAAGCAGGCCUCUCUCCUAUUGCCUUGCGCCGCCUUCGCCACAAGACAGAUCCUGAUUUUAUGGCUCUCCGAGCUGCUUUUGCACGGAAGCAGGCCAGUCAGGCACAGCUAAAGGAGGAUGCUGUAGACGAUGGUGAGCUGGAUGUCUUUGCCAGUCCUCAAAGACGAGGUAGCUCAUCUGGACUUCACAAGGGAAGUGAUCGUAUCAAGGCUCUCAAAUCGGAAGAGGCCCACCUCAUGAGCUUCGUACAUUCUGAUGCUGAAAAGCGAAAACGACGACGAAUGAAAUCGAGCUCCUCUGGUGAGCACAUUUCAUCCAUUGAUGAGGAAAGUUUUACAGACUCUGUCGCAUCUCACGGCCGGUUCGAAGAUGCACCACCGAGUGAAAGUUCCUUUUCCCAGUCACGGCUGGCCUGGGAAGCACUGACUCCGAGGCAACGUCGCCGUCGUGAAAAGUUGGCAUGUACAAGGAGCCGUGGAGCUCUCCCUCCUACCUCACCAAGGAAUAUCAGCCCAACGAGUCCCUCAAAGGAGGGCGACAGACCGCCAACUCAGGAACGUCUAGGAGCAACUGCAGCACCGAGCAGCUCCCACAGUGCUCCUCUCAGGAAUGCAGAGACGGUUUCCUCGCCAAGGGUCCCAAGAAGUCAUGAGAUCAAUGACGCAAAUGAUCUCAGGAAUGUCCCGUCUACUCAGGGUCAUCCUGACAGAGCCCGAGACCACCCCGGUGAUUGCGCUUCACGUCAGCGAGACAGGCAGAGGAAGCAUCUGCAUCUCUUUCCCUGUGAGACGGAUGGUGCUCUCACAACGACGUCAGUGUCUCUACCGAACGAUGCAACACCAGAUUUAUGUGACACCCCUCGGGAUACGCCCCGUGAUGUACCCCAUGACGCACUGAACGAUCAACAUAUUCAAUCAGUGUCUAGGGUCAUUCCGGAGGAUAGCCAAUCGUCUUCCGGUACUGGCAGUUCCCAUGGAAACAUCCAUCCUAAACCACCGAUGAGACCACCUGAGAAAGCAGUCUUUGCUGGGAGACGAAGACGCUACCGGGUUGCACCAUCGGAUACAUCUUCCCUGCCGGAUACCGGGGAUGAGAAAGAUCCCUUUGAUAACGUGCAUUAGAACCAGUUGGGAACCGGUGUCACCAUUAGGGCAGGUCUGUAAAGUAGUUGACUAAAAAUAUAUAUAAAUAUAUAUAUAUAUCUGACACCAGAUGGUUCGAUUAACGAAUUUGAUUAACAAAUGAUGUGUUGGAGUAAAAAGUUCAAUCCAAGCGGAAAUAGACCUUGAGAGCCUUUCCCAAGCAACGUCUCCUGUACUAGCUCUGGCUUCAAGCCACAGUUCUUGUACUGGCUGCGGCUUAUGAUCAUCAAUACCAUUUCAGAACAGUUUUCCCUAAUGGUGCGUCAGUUUUAAAUGGCUAGAAAAGCCUGAGCCAUGAUCUAGAGUGCAAGAUUUGUCGAGUCCCUUGGUGUUGCUUUAGAUUUGAUUAUUGGAAAACAAUAAUGCAAAAUAAGAGAUGUGGUAACUCUGAUAUAGCGCUCAAAUCCACCACUCAGUGAUGCUCAAGGCGCUCCCAACAUUAUUAACCCCUGGUCACUGGGCCAUUUAUAUCAUUGCUUAA